GUCGAGGAGCCUCUUAGCCUCUGGAACAUGGCGGCUCCGGCCCUGGACGCCUCUGCCGCUCCGUCCCGCUGACCGACACAUCCGGCACUGCACGCACCCCCGGCUCCUCAACUCUCAGAAAUGACUGAAUGAUGUCCCAAGGAAAAACUUUGUGGAUACUUACCCAGAAUGCUUUGCUUAUAAGGUGCUGAUAUUCGCUGAAGAUGAGCAGUGGGGGAGGAAACACCCCAGACACCCCCAGAGGGGGAGAGUCUCUGAAGAGGAAGGACUGUCAGUCAGACAUCCUGGGGCCGAGCCCAAAGAGGAGCACAGAGAGGAGGAACCGGGAGCAGGAGAACAAGUACAUUGAAGAGCUGGCUGAGCUGAUCUUCGCCAACAUCAACGACAUGGACGACCUCAACGUCAAGCCCGACAAAUGUGCCAUCCUCAAAGAGACGGUGAAGCAGAUCAGGCAGAUCAAGGAGCAGGAGAAAGCUCCAGUGGCUGACGCUGAGGAGGUGCAGAAGGCCGACGUCUCCUCCACAGGACCGGGUGUCAUUGAUAAAGACGCGCUGGGUCCCAUGAUGCUGGAGGCCCUGGACGGCUUCUUUUUCGUGGUCAACAUGGAGGGCAACAUAGUGUUCGUGUCGGAGAACGUCAGCCAGUAUUUGCGCUGUCAGCAGGAGGAGCUGAUGAACACCAGCGUGUACAGCGUGCUGCAUGUUGGAGAUCACGCUGAGUUUGUCAAGAACUUGCUGCCCAAGAGCCUGGUGAAUCAUCGCAGCGGUGAUUCGUCCAACAGGAACAGCCACACCUUCAACUGUCGUAUGUUGGUCAACCCUCACGCUGACAGUGAAGCCCGGCCGGCGUCUGACCAGCAGGACGCGUCGCAGCAGAAAUACGAGACCAUGCAGUGUUUCGCUGUGUCUGAACCCAAAUCUAUCAAGGAAGAGGGCGAAGACUUCCAGUCAUGUCUGAUCUGUGUGGCGAGGAGAGUGCCCGUCAAAGAGAGACCUGUGAUGCCAGCUUACGAGAGCUUCACCACCCGUCAGGACCUUCAAGGUAAGAUCACGUCUCUUGAUACAAGCCUGCUCCGAGCGUCCAUGAAGCCGGGCUGGGAGGACCUGGUCAGGAAGUCUAUUCAGAGAUUUCACCUGCAGAAUGAAGGGGAGAUGUCCUUUGCCAAGAAACACCAGCAAGAAGUGAUGAGGAAUGGCCACGCACUCAGCCCUCUGUACAGAUUCACCCUUACAGACGGCACCAUCGUCUCAGCUCACACCAAGAGCAAGCUGGUCAGAUCUCCAGCCACCAAUGAGCCACAACUCUACAUGUCCCUGCACAUCCUGCAGAGGGAGAACAUGGGGGGUGUAAGCGCAGACACACCUGGCAGCCAAGGCAUGACCAAGCCAAUGACCCCGACCAGUUUGAGUGGACCCUCCCCUUCCCCUGACGCCAAUGUCACCAGCAACACCCACCACUCCACCACGGCCUCUGGAGCACAGGGACGAGCUUUCGGGUCUGUAUCGAGUCGGUCGUCCACGCCUCAGGGAAACAGUCACUCACUUAAAUUGGGCAGCCCUUCAGCCCAGGGGAGCCCCAGUGUCUCCUCGGGGGCCCAAGGUGCCAUGUUGUCUCCACGUCACCGCCAGAGCCCCAGCAUGGCGGCGAGCAGCAGCAGCUGUAGCAGCCCCCACCUCCCUCAACACCCAUCUGGUUCUUUCUCUCCAGCAGCCGGCCUCCCCUCGCCAGCGUCCGUGUGCAGCAGCACAGGAAACAGCCAAGGGUUUAACUCCCUCAGUGCUCUACAGGCCCUCAGCCAGGGCCACAGAGUUUCCCAGGGACCCGGUGAAGGGCAUCCUGACUCACCUGAUGGAAAGCCAGGCGGCCUUCAGAGCCCUCUUCAAAGCAGCAGCGCUGGAAGCCAACUGGCUAAGAACAAUUCAAGCUUGGAGGCUGACUUAUUUGGAGCUUUUGGGGAGCAGCAGGACUUGUUGUCACCCCAAAACCAGGAGGGGGAGCAGGGGGAGGGGAAAGACGAUGACCCUGACAGCUUUGGAGGUAACGGGAGCCUGGAGGACCUUGGUGACGCCUCAAACCGCCUCCUGAACACAAAAGGGCACACUAAACUACUCCAGCUUCUCACCACCAAACUAGAACCAUCUGAUCCUGGCUCACCACCUUCUCUUGGGGAUGACCAGAACUGUAAAGACCAGCUGGCAGGGUUAGGGGGAAUGGGUGGUGCUGGGCAUAACAACCACUCCACCUCGCUAAAGGAGAAACACAAGAUCCUACACAGGUUACUGCAGAACAGCACCUCACCUGUGGAAUUGGCAAAGCUAACAGCUGAGGCUACUGGAAAAGACCCCAUUUGUCCAGAGUCGUCUUCAGGGGACAACAUGGCCGCCCUGGGUGAACUCUGUGCAAAGCAGGAGCCUGGGAGUCCCAAAAAGAAGGACAACGCGUUGCUUCGUUACCUGUUGGAUCGGGAUGAUAACGGCAUCCUGGAUAAAGCCAUCAAGAUGGAACCCAGUGAUGGACCGAAGCUGUCCAACGUGAAGACAGAGAAACAGGACCCAGGUUUCAACAUGGCAGACCAGACCAGUGAGUUGGAGGACCUGCUGGAUGACCUGCAGAGUGGCGGCCAGCAGCAGCAGCAGCAGCAGCAGCAACAGCAGCAGCAGCAGCCGCCACUGUAUGGGCCCCAGCCACCAGUCAGAAGACCAGCCUCCUCCACUUCGUCCUCCUCUUCCUCUUUGCCACCUGGCUCCUCUGCAGACAAACAGACCGUCAUCAGCAACAUCCUGCAGAUGACAGACGGCGCCAGCAGCAGCAGCAGCAGCAGCAGCCCCCCCAUCCAGCACAGAGCUUUCCCCCCUCUGGGUCCUGCAAGCUUUAACAGCGCCAGGCCAGGCCAACCGGGUCGAGCUGCUCCUCCAGUCAGGAGCACGUCUCUGGACGGCAGUAUCGGCCCCAAUCCCAACGCUGGCAGACCGUUCCCUCCUCAGCACAGAAACAACGCCCCCUACUCCUUAUUGCAGCAGCACCACCAGCAGCAGCAAGGCAUGAUGGGAACCCAUGCAGGCAUGGCAAACCAGGCGGGGAUGGCCAAUCCAGGUAUGCUGAGUAACGGGUCAAUGCGGGGCCCAAUGCAGCAAGGCUGGGGUCACCAGGGGCCCCUUGGAGGCAGUGCAGGGCAGAUGAUGGGCCAGGGUGUUGGGCCAGGUCGCAUGGUUCCCAAUAUAAACACUGUCAUGCCCACGAGAGGCCCUCAUGGAUCCAGAGCCAUGGUCAACAUGCAGAUGAUGAGCAACGAGAUGGAGAUGGCCAACCCAACCUACCCUCAGCAACAAGUUCCACCCAAUCAGACUGCACCAUGGCCAGACAGAAUGAUGGCUAUGGAUCAUUAUGGAAACCAAAGCAGGCCACCAUACGGGGUUCCCCAAGGAGACGGGAUGGGUUGCUGCAGCUCAGGACCUGAGGGGCCGCCGGAUGAAGGAGCACUCCUGAACCAGCUGUGCUCGGUGCUGAAGGACUUUGAGGGUCUGGAGGAGAUCGACAAGAUGCUGGGAAUCCCAACGCUGGCUGGGCAGGGCCCUAUGUCAGAGCAGGAGCAGUACCUGGGCUCUUCAGACCCCUCAGCCUCCAUGAAGCCUCUCCUGUACAGUCAGCAACACUACAGCGGCCAGUCCGGAUACAGCAGCAUGCCUCCUGAUGCUGGUUUCCACGGCCCCUCCAUGGGUGGCCACAUGGGACCUCAGAGGAUGCCGCCUGCUGGUUACCCACCUAUGAUGAGGAUGCCUGGAAGUGUGGGGCCCAGACCGGCUGGGAUGAGACCAGGGGGGCCGAAUCCAGGAGUGCCACCUCAGCCCAACAACCUGAGGCUCCAGCUGCAGCACAGGCUCCAGGCCCAGCUGAACCGUCAGCCAAUGGUGAACCAGAUGGGCGGAGUGUCGAAUAUGAAUCUACCUCUCAGGUCUAAUGUACCAAACCAGGGAACCCUCAAUGCCCAGAUGCUAGCUCAGCGUCAGCGCGAGUACCUCAGCAACCACCUACGCCAACGCCAACAGCAGCAACAACACGUGCACCAGCAGCGUGCCAUGAUGAUGCGGACUCAGGGCAUCAACAUGCCCCCUAACAUGCCCAGCGGGGGCGCCGCUCCGACACCGAUGCCCAUGGGUGGCACCAACCCGCGGCUCCCUCAAGGAAACCCGCAGCAGUUCCCCUACCCGGCCUCCAGCUACGGAAUGAGCCAACAACAGCAACACCAAGACCCAGUAUCAGGCUUUCCAUGUGGGGCUACGACCCCUCAGAGCCCGAUGCUGUCCCCAAGGAUGGGGCAAGGCCAAAGCCCCAUGCUGCAGCACACCCAGGGCCAACCCCAAUCCCAGGGUUCCAACCAGGCAGGAGCACCGGGCUACCAGCAGGGCACCGACCACAACGGAUGGCCCCAACCUGCCAACAUCUCCACCAGCAACAGUGUGUACCCUCAGCAGUCCCAGUCUCAGUACUCAGCACAGCCUAAUGGAGGAAUGUACAGCAGCAACAACAACAUGAACCUGGGAGUCAUGGGCAGUAAUGGUGGCAACAUGAACCAGAUGUCAGCACAGAUGAGCUCCAUGAACUCCAUGAACUCAGAGCAGGUUUGUGACAGCAUCCUGGGGCAGCUUGCAGAAAUUGACAUGUUGACACAAGAUGGUGAAGCCAAUUCUAAUUUCUGCUGACCCCGGCUGCUGCUGAGACAAGGUAACACAGGAGCUCAUGCAAAAACCCUCAAACCUCCUCAGCUCAGCUAUCAGAGAAGCACUGAGAAGUUGAGGACAGACGAUGGAAACACUUUUCUCUCUGUCAUACCAGCCAGCUCUGAGGCACUGCGGGGGAGAGGAAGACUUUAUAUUUGACAGAGUAAAUUGAAGUUUUCAGGUUUGUGAGUGAAACUAAAACGAUGAUGUCACAGUUUGAGACUGGAGAACUGAAUGGUUGUUGAGCACGAAUGAAACCUCUGGAUUUGAUCUCAAAUGGUUCUAUUUCAGAGCCGGACUGAAAACUUUAACGAAUGAAAAGGUUUAUAAAACGAUAUUUUACAAUUAUUUAUAGUUUUGAAGAAGUUUUAGGGAUUAUUUGUAUGACACGGAAAAUCAAGGAUAUCUUUCUCCAAGAAAAUCUCCCAAAAUGGUACAUUUUGAUGUCGAUUUAAAAAUUAAUAUAUUUCAACUGCUGUAGUUACAGGAGAGCUGUAUCCUUGUAUAAUAACUUUUUGAAUGAAGGUAAAUGUGUAUAGUGUACAUACAAAGAUUUAUGAUACCCUCUUUUGCCCUCAGUGACAUUGCAAAGCAGCAGUUUGGAGUUUUAGUCCAACAAACAUUUCUCAGAGAGACGAUUUUUAAUUGGUUAAACUACACGUCAGUGGGCGGGGCUUAAGAUUCUGCAUGCUCCAAUGGCCAAAAGGCAUCUGGAGGGUGGCGUUUAAAUGUAACUUUUAAAAAUAUGCACUCUGAUCAAAGAAUAUUGGUUGAUCAGCGUGUUAGCUAGCUAGCUUUCCAAGCUACAUGUUGCCAAAUGUCGUCAAAUCCCAAAAUACCUCGAGGCAACCACCCAGCAAGUCAAUUAUUUGGUUUAUUGGAAUGAAAUAAGCAGCUCUCAGGUCAAAGCAUUAACAAAAAGGUUGAAUAGAGUGGACUUAAUUUAUCAAGGUAUAUAUUUCUUAUGCUGUGAGUAUUUUGGCUGAAAAGCUGGCUAGGUAUUCGGGUUUCCCAAGCAGCAAUGUUUCAGAAGUGGAAAAAAACUGCAGUUCCUUGAGUGUCCACUUGGGUUGCCUGCAAAAGCCAAGGAAACUGUGAUAGAGCCCAUAUUAAACGACAUGCUUACCACUUGGUACAAAAAAAAAUGGUUUUGGUCCCCUUACAUGACUUCUUUUCUCUGAAGAAUAAACAACAUUACCAUUAUUUUCCCAUCAUAAUAUGUCAUAGCAAAUGCUAAUAUGCUAACAUGCUAAAAAUAUAAGUAUUACACCUGUUAAAAGUCAGCGUGGUUAUGUUUUUAGGCCCAGCAGAAUGUCUGUGCUCAUAUCAAACCUACUUUAGGUCCAAACUUACUCUGCCAGAUGAUCAUUAGCUCUGCCCACUGUCUUUCAACCAAUGAGAUAUGUUUCUCUCUGCAGCAUCUUCACUUUUAAAAAGAUAUGGACGAAUAAUGAAACUCUUUGUUACUGCUGUCAUUUCAAACGUACACUUCAUGGCUGCGAUGUGCCGGCCUGCAGGAGCCACACACGCUGAAACUCUCUCUGCCAAGCUGAAUUCAGAGUGUGUUGUUUUGUUGUGUUCAGUGUUUCUGUGGGUGAAGCUGUGAUUUUUGGGGCGAAACAGUCUCUACCUACUAAAUGUACUGUUGAUGAAUGAAUGAAUGAGUCAGGGCAGUCUCAGAGGGAGGUGAAGUUUUGCACCGUGCGUAAAGAAGAGCAGGUGACCCAGAACCUUUACAAUCCAAAGUUAUAAAACCUGUCACAGACUGGACCUCUGAUGUUUUGGGAAUAGUUUCAUCAAAUAACUUUAAAGGUGCUCUUUAUUAUUCAUUAGGUGCUGUCUCAUAAGCUUGACUGUAACUGUUGAAAGAUAUCUUAAUAUCAGACAGUCCAUAAAUCUGUAAAGCACACACUGGAAUAAGAAUGGAAGAUGACUUUUCCCUCAGAGAGUAUUAAGGCCACAUUGAAGAAAAAAUACUAAGAUUACAGGAACAAAGUCGUAAGAGAAUAAAGUCAUAAUAUUGAAAGAAUGAAGUUGCCUUUUCUCAUAAUGUCACAGCUUUAGGUGCUGUGUCAACUGGCGUCUUGCACUGGGAGCAUCCACAACCUCAAUGUCAGAGCGCGUCUCACCAGCGUUUGCUGUUUACUAGGUCACGAAAGUAUACCUGCGGCACUUCCGCUUCCCUACGCAGUGACCGUUGGGUCUAUUUUAAAAUGCUCUGUAUGCUUCAUUCAAUGGCAUUUCAACAAGACACUUUAAAAACUAUUGAUAGAAAUCAUGUCAUAGCAUUAGUAGCAGCUCUAAACUUGGAAAUUGUACUUCGAAAAAAAACAGGGAUAACUUUUCUCCUCGGUACCGGCCUCCGCCAUUGUUGUUGACAAAAUUGAUAUUUGGAAGAUUCUGAUUGGUCGGUGAUCAGGAAGUGACAGUGAUUAGCCCGGCGGUGGUCCAAAAGUGGAAAUGUUUUCAACUGACGGCUAAAUUCCACUGGAUCCGUGUCCGGUCUGUCUUCAACUCGUCAAGGCACUGAAGUUUAUAGGUUUUUAUUCUAGUCAGUGUGUUAACUUCCACUGGAUCCGCUCCGUUGCGUUCCGGCAUGCCUGAGCCCUCCGGAUCAGAUAAGCUAGACUUCUAUUUUUGACGGAUGCCGGAGCCCGACGAAUCAAUCUCAACAGAGAAGAUCGAGCAAGACAGGAAUUUGGGCACCAAAACAAAAUGAAAACAUCCGGUUAAUUUUCAGAAUAAAAGACUCAACUUAUCAUCAAAUAUCUUAUAAUAUAACUUCACUAUUCUUUUAAUAUUUUGGCUAUAUUCUCAUUAUAUUAAAACUUUAUUCUCAUUAUAAAUUACUUUUUUCUCAUGAUAUUUCGACUUUAUUCUUGUAAUGUUACGACCGCAGUCUGGUUAUAGGACAACUUAAUUCUUUUGACAAUACUUUUUCUUGUAAGUUACGAUUUCCUGUCUGAAUCCCAGAUUUUUUUCUUGAAUGUUGGCCUGUAUUGGAGAGCAGAGGAAUGUAAAAAUGCAAACUGAAGAAACACUGAAGAGAACUGUUGUUUUCUUUAUUUAAGCUUUUGGAUCCCUUUAUUUCUCCAUCUCCUCUCAGCUGUUAGCACAGGAAAGCAGUUUGCUCCAGUGUGCUCACAUUUUGUAAAAUCCCAAAGAUUUCAGGAGCAAACCUCUGAGAGAAAAUGUAAGCCAUGAAAAAUGUCCUGAAUGUCAAACUGUCUGCAAAGUUUAAAAACAAUCGUCAACUCAUGUACAUAACUCCUAAUGUUUUAGAUGGAAGUGAACUAUUUUCUCUUGAUUUUGACUGAUACAGUUUAUAAAUAUAUAUAUUGAAGAGUUUCUUGAUUUAUAGAUGGAUAUUUUAUCUAUUGCAAAAUACUGUAAUUCAUGUAAGUACCUUAAGAUGCUAAAGACGAAGCAUAAUGCCUUAGAUCUGUGAUUCUCUGUCUGGUGUAUAACUGUCUGGUUUACAGGUGUAUUAUAUAACUGUCCCAUACUGCUGAGUGAGUGUUUCACCACUUCAUACUGUAGCUGUAAGAAGUAGACAACCAGGAUUUUUUUUUUUAUCAUGACACUGAACAACGAGUGUAUUGUCUCAAGGAAAGUAGAAUAACAGUGUGUUAGCGUUUGUUAUCAAAGUGCAUAACCGUGCUAUUGAUUUUGAUGUAGUUCUUUUGUAUUGUUGCACCUUGAAAGUGCACAAUGCAUCAGGGAGGUUCUCCCAAACUAACACAGUGUUUUGUUUUUUAAAGGGGCAUUUCAUAAUCUUUGACUUUUGUUGAUCUAAAUGACCAAUAAGCUCGGCAGCAACAUCUCUACAUUGCAUCUGUACUCCUAGGUUGCCUGUAAAAUACAAUGAUAACAUUGCCAGAAAUGUAAGCAGUUGAUGUAGCUCUAAUGCUGAAACAAACUAAUAUGAUCAUCACACACCCAUCUCCUGAUAUUCAAUGCUCAUACCGCUCCUAUUGGACGAAAUUUGACUAUGAAAUCACAACAGCUGAGAUUCACCACAAAAGUCUUGGUUUAAAAUUUUCAUUUUAGGUACCAAUAGACCAUAUUCCCACUAUGUGACGCCACAAGAAUAUGAACCACCAUGGGAUAUACCACACUUUUUGUUUCUUCCCCAAGACCUAUUUUUCCCAAUUUAACAAAAUCAUCGGAAUGUUCUACCUGUGGAAAGGCUUGCCCAAUGCAACUAAAAGUCCAAAAUGUUCAAGACUACAAACAAAAACAUGUCUGACACUGAAUGUACUUGUACUACAUAGAUAAUACACAUCCUGUAAACUAAAUUGGAUGAAUGUUAAAAACCCAUGGAAAGUAUUGGGGCCAUGUGCUUUCUUAUUGAUGGUUUAUUGCCUCUUGAAAAUAGGUCCAAAUGUUGAGAACCAAGUUGAAAUUUGAAUAAAGUACAAAUAUUUUUAAAAAACAAAUAUUGAAAGUGACCAUAAAUCAUAACUUUGACUUGACUCCUGGGAAUAAGAAAAAAAAAUGAUCAGAGGAUCACUUUUUCUUCUUAAAUUUCUAGAAUAGUGUCUCACCCAGACUUAUACAAAUUGGUUCACUGUUUCUUGUUCAGUGUUUGGAGUUAGGUCCUUGAAAAACUUCGUAAAACAAAAUUUAAAGAUCCUACACAUCUGAUUCAACUUCUGACACCUGGAACUAAUACUUAAAAAUUGCUUGCUUCUCAACAUUCAGACACUAUGGGAAAUGAUACACACUUGCACAGGCCAAAUGAUUGUUUAAUAGAAGACCACUUUGGGAGCGCUACUGUUUAUGUUGGUGUCUGUUUAAACAUUACGUUAGCUAGCCAACCAUACAAUAUGUAAGUACCAUGAGCGUGACGUCACAAGCAGAUAGUCACUGUGGGCAUGUGGUCUAUCGUAACUGCACCAGGGCAUCUAGUGCUGGGAAAAUAGGUCACCAUGCUUCAUGCUGCUUAGUAGGGACAUGGGACAUGUAGGUUACAGGUACUGUCUCUUUAAGGCCCUCUCCCCCUCUCCCCAUCCCUUCAAGCCUACUUUCUUCUGAUUGGCCAGUUCUCUGGAACGCUACUGGGUUGCUAUAGCAACAUGAUCAAAAGCAGAGUUCCGUGGCUUCGUGACAUCACGAAAUCUCAAAAUAAUGAAAAAAGUGUGCUGAAGCUGGCGUUUAGAGCAACUUGUAGACUGAGAGAUUGAUGUUUAACUACUGAUUUGAAACUUUCCCCAUGUUUAGAUUGAAUAUUCAUCAUUUUAACUACAUAAGAAUGUGUCUGAAAUUAUGGAAGAGCAUGAUACCACCUCUGGAAAAACAAGUGCUACUACUUUUCUUUGCGAUUAGAGGUCACUAGUACAAUUUGAAAGUGAGUCCAAUAUCCUUAAAAAACCCUCUUUACAGCUCAAAAGGUUCCCCCUCUAAUCACCCUGUCUGUCCUAAAGUACAGUUGUACAUUCACAUUGAAUAUCUCAGCAGCGACAGUCAGUGCAGUUCAUAUGGAGUGUGUUAUUAUGCAAAAGUCCAGACGUUCACACCACUUUAUGCAAGCUGUCGACUCUAAUGUUGCUUUUGCCAAUGCUGCUCGUAAUUUAUGAUUCAUGCCACUGUAAAUAAAUUAUUUUUAUGGAA